AUGGACUUUCGCAAGGUGACACCCCGGGCGCCACCAGCCGCCACUGCCGAUAUGGACUACACAGAAGAACUUCUCGCAGAAGUCGACGAGCCGCCCGACGAACGAAAAGAGCACACUUCAUGGAUGCCUCCCAAGUUCCAGCCGGCAUUCGGCAAGGCCAACCCUGCCAUCUCCAACCGCAGAGAAUCCCUCUUGACACGCCAGCUGCACUCCGAAACCGAUCACACCGAUGAGGAGGAGAACAAGCGCACACACAGCCCACCCCCGAGGACGCUGAGUACACAGUCGACAUGGAGCAAUCCGAGCAUUGCGUCCACGGCAGAACUGACCAGCGAUGACGGCCAUAGCGUCGCCAGUCCUGCUGUCAGCCCUCCGCUUUCACCCACCGCAAUCACAUCCGCCAUUCCUCGCUUCAUCUCUGAGAAGCCAUUGACCAAAGAGCCCACGAUUGUGGGACUUGCAAAGGAUCAAGGUGCUGCUCCCGAGGAGAAGAAUGUGGAAGAAGGGUUGGGACGCAAACGUUGCAUUAGCUUCGCAUGCGGUAAUAAGAAUACUCCCCCUCCGGUUCCUGCACCGGCACCACCCAAGGAAGCGGAGACUCCAGCUGCCUCUCCACCCAAGCGCAAGUGCAUGCUCAAAUUUGCUUGUCCGACCAGACCGGGAUCCGAGAAGAAAGUGGAGAGACCGGCGAACGUUUCAAGGCGUACGAUGAGCCCAUCACCGCCGGAGCGAAAGUCUUCUGCCCGAGCUGAAGUCACAAAAGUUCACCGUGGUUCCGACAGCACCGUCACCCACGUCUCGCCGAAGAACGCCAGAAAGUCUCCUAUUCUCCCCAGCGUGGACUCUGCACCUACGACUCCACGCCCAACACUCACCCGGAAGAUGUCCAAUGACUCGGAUCGUAGCACCGAAGCUACGCGCUUUCACGAGUUCGCUUCAAGCGAUGACGAGCCAGAGGAGUGGGUCCUGGAGUCUACCUGCCAUCGGAGUCGUCUGACCAUCAACGACACGCUUCAGAAGGAAAUUGUUCUGCGUAAAGCAUGUGAAGAGGUGGAGGAGGAAGCCGUGGAGGAAGAGGAAGAUGAGGAUGAAUUGGAAGACGAGGCUGAGCUCGACGACGAAGAAGAUGAUGAUGACCUUGACGAGGAAUCGGAUGAAGGAUUCCACACGGAUGAUGAGGAAGGUUUCGCUGAAUCCGAGUCGGAGGGCGAGGGCAGCGAUGAGGAAUGGUGGAGACCGGGAGGACUCUCAACCGCCGCCACAUCUAUCGAGCAGCACAUGGAUAGAAUGACCAUCACGCGGCCAGAAAGGGARGGAUCUCCUUCUUCUAUUGAAUCUACCAGCCCUGGGAAUGUAGAGCCGCCGAGGAUGAUACGGCCUAGACCGGAGCGCAAGUCCCGCCAACACAACAUGCCCAUUCAUCCCCGGAAAGAGGCCAUGGACCUUCCGGAUUCGACGGACUUUGUGUGUGGGACACUGGACGAAGACCGCCCUCUGGAGCAAGCAUAUCUCAAUCACAUUAAACAGCGUGAAGCUGCCAAGCACAAGGCUAGACCACAGGACAUUGAUCCUACAUUUCCAACUUCAGAUCCUGACAUGGAUGAAGAGGAUGAUGAGGAUCUUGAGGAUCCAGAUGACAGUGAUCAUGAGACCCUCAUGCAUGGCAACAUCGACGAGCUCGAUGGAGAUUGCACUGCCCGGCGAAGGAGCAUUGUUCACCGUUCUCCGCCGCCGCCCGCUCGCCGCCGCUCUCCGGCUCCAGGUCUGAAGAGACAAGGCACUGCUCGAUCUCCACCACCACCUGCUCGCCAUCGGUCGCCUGUUCCGGCUUUGAAGAGACAAGGUACUGCUCGCUCUCCACCACCUCCGACUCGUCACCGAUCACCUCCACCUCCUGCUCGUCACCGGUCUCCGGCCCCGGCUUUGAAGAGGCAGUCGACUAUUCCAAGGCACUCGCCAGCCCCCAAAGCUACGAGGAGGAACCUGACUGGUCGCUCGCCACCUUUGCUCUUUGGCGCCGUGCAGCGUGAGAGGUCUCCACUGACCCCGGGCAUGCGAUUCACUUCCCCACCAAACACACGCCGAUCAUCGCCUUACACGUCCGACGCGAAUGUCAGCAUGCCACAUGUACUUGCCAGUCGUCCUCAGCUCACUCACACGGCAUCGCUCCCUCGUGGCGGUGGUUUCACUUUGAGAAUGCCACACGCAUUACGUCCCGAUGAGGAAGAGGACUCGGAUGCAGUCGCUGCCGCUGCCUCGGGAGAUCUUCCCAAACGUGGCGCCAUCGACAUCUUCAAAGGCCUCGAGAAGAAGCGGCAGCGUAGGAAAGAGAAGCUCUACCAGAAAGCUUGCGCCAAAGCCGCCGCAAAAGGCGAAAAGGCAUACAAAGUCAAGCCUGGCAGAGGAGCCGAACGAAUGAGAGAAGUCGGCCUGGAAAUGCAACGCUACCACGGAAAGGGAGAGCACAUUCUCUCCCUUUGA